CUGUAUCUGGGCGACUGUAGUUCCGUUUCUGUCAUGGGAUCUAAUCAGUAUCCCGGUAACCUAUAUCAUUUAAAUCUGUACAGGAGAUCGUGACUCCUGGUUUAAUUUUAUGUUAUUUUCAGUCUUUUGAAAAUAUAAUAAUUUGUUAAAGACGGUAAUAUUUUUGUACCGGUUAUUUAUCCCAACGUUUGUGAGAGCUCUACAUUAAGGAAGACAGUUGUGCAGGAUGACCUUAAAGUGGAAUGACAGGCAAGAACGCAGGAUAACAUGGGCUCUGCUGUCAUCGCUAGUGCUGAUGCUUUCUGUAGUGAUGGUCCCUGUGCUGACAGAAGAGACUAAUAAUAAUAAGCUGAAGUGCGACCUUCUUGGAGAUGAAGAGGAAGAGUCUAACAGAGAGCGGGAGCUGCUGCAAAAGCUGACCCCACUAACCUCUCUCAGCUUUAGUACAGACGUACAAGAAGGCCAAAAGAAGUACACCUACAAGUUCAAGGUAUGUGGUGCAGCAGGAAAUGACACCAAUGGAGGCCUUGUUCAGACUGAAGUCGACAAGGAGACUGUGAUUGGAAGAUUUAAUGAAACCCAUAUCUAUAAUGGAACUGAUUGGAUCAUGCUCGUAUACAAGCAGGGAGAUAAAUACAACAAUCACUGUAGUAAGGAGGAGAGAACAGCCAUGGUGAUGAUUUCUUGCCUUACCGGUACAUUAGGGAAAAACUUCCAUUUCAUAGGAGAAGAGCGGGGAAAAGAGAAGAACUGCUUCUAUUUGUUUGAAAUGGAUAGCAGCAUAGCCUGCCCAAAAGUGGACAGUCACCUCAGCCUAGGCUCAAUUCUGCUUAUUGUGUUUUUCUCCCUGGUUGCAGUCUACAUUAUUGUAGGCUUUCUGUACCAGAGGCUGGUUGUUGGUGCCAAAGGUAUGGAGCAGUACCCCAAUUAUUCCUUUUGGAAAGACCUUGGCAACCUCACUGCGGAUGGUUGUGACUUUGUUUGCCGCUCAAAGCCUCGAAAUGAGCCAGCAGCUUAUCGUGGUAUUGGUGAUGACCAGCUAGGAGAGGAGACAGAAGAGAGAGAUGACCACUUACUGCCUAUGUGACACUAAAGAAUGCAGCAUAUAUCCCUCACCCUUUCUGUUUUAUUUGAAUACCACUGACCUGGAUACAUUUAUUUUGAAUUGUCUGUUCUGUUUGCUUUCAGAGGUUUUUCACCUGCAGCACAGUCUGCAUCUAGAAAUUCACUCUUGCAUCUGCAUACUUGGAAUACUUAUCUCCUUAAGAGCUACCUGCUAGGUGUUUUUCAUAUGGUGCACAUUUUGGUACCAUGAGUUUUAACUGCUGAGUUUUUGGAAUUGUUUUCAUGGUUGGGUUACAGUGGAAGGGCUGAACUGUUCAGUUGUGACUAGUGUACAGUACAUUUGCCUACUUCCUAGUCCUUAAAGUGCUCCUGGUUCAAGUGGUACUUCAUUUGCUGUACUAGGCUCCUGUAAGCUGUUAUAUGUUCCAUUUAAAAAAAGUGUUAUCAGACUAUUUCCAAGUCUGAUUUAUAAAAUACCACUUGUUUGCAUAUGCCAGUUUGCCUGAACGGUAACAUUUAGUUUAAUUCUAUCCAUAAGAUUAAGCUGAGUUUCAUAAUCCAUUGAAAUGAGAGAAGGCGAUUUGAGUAGAUACUUGGUUAAGCUGUAUGACCCUGCUUAUAAUGUGACUUUAGGAACUUUGUUAUGAUAGUUGAGAACUGUACACGAUCUCAAUGGAAGAUUGAGUGCUAUUAUGUUCGUAUGAUUGCACAGUAACCAAUGCAUAAAUGAAACUUCUCAGUCCCAGCUGCUGUCAGUUGAAGUUUAUAAUAGCAAGCUGUGUACAGCUCCCAUCAAGUACCACCCCCAUAUCUUGCAACCAUUUUGCGGUUGGUCCCUUUUGAUGUCGAGCCAGUUGAGAAUGCUUUUAAUAAGGAGUUAGGAUGGGUUAAGAAAAUGAUCAUCCUCAGAGAGUAUUAAUUGAGGAGAAUCAUUUCAUGGUGGGGUUCCAUUCAAUGGAGACAACACAGGGAAGCCACUAAAUGAGGAAGGAGUACCUUUGUUUGGUUGUCAAAAAGGUGGAAAGAAUUUUGUAUUUGUAAUAUUUAUGGAGUGAAACAAAUCUAAGAUGGUUACAGCUGAGAAAUGUACUCUAUGUGGAGUAUAUUUUCUUGAUAUUAAGUUAGUUAGUAACAGCAUAAAAUAGAGGUCCUAUUGUCAAAAUGGUUCAUUUCACAGAUGUAACCCAUUACAGGACAUCAGCACAGGUUUUGAUAUGUGACUACAUGUACACCAUUUAACCUUAAAUGGAAGAUUAAAACCCAUGGUGUUUGGGGCAUCCUUCUUACCAUAUAUGAUAGUAAGACUUUUUUGUUUUGUCCCCCCCCCCCCCCCCCAAGUAUUCCAGCAAGAUUGU